AUGGGAUGUUUGACUAAUAUUGGGAACGCGAAAGCUGAUAAAAUUGCAAAAGCCAUAGCAGAAUCAUCUUCUAGUUGUCAACCAUCUCGAUUUACCGAAAUUCCUGAAGUGACAUCUCCUAGUAAAAAAGAAAAAGAAAUAGAUCCCCAGCUUGAAGAGAUAGUAGCUAUGGAUAUAAGGACAAUAUUAACCAUUUAUGAUGAUGAUGAUGAGGAGGAAAUUCUUGUAUUGAUCGCAGCCGUAUAUGAGUACUAUUAUAAACAUUUUGAUAAGCAACGUUGUAGGGAUUCCAUGUUACAAGGGGAAGAUUACAUAUUCGAGGUCUUAAAUGGACAUGAAGAUAAGUGUUAUGAAAAUUUUCGGAUGUACCCCAACACCUUUAGGGCAUUGUGUCGUGAGUUGAAAUUGUUAGGAUUGAAAGAUUCAACAUUUCUAACGGUAGAAGAACAAGUUGCAAUUUUCCUACUUACCGUGUCUCACAAUGAAAGGAAUCGUGUUGUUGCUGAAAGAUUCCAACACUCUACAUCCACAAUUUUAUAUCACUUUUAUACUGUAUUAAAGUUAAUUUGUGAGUUAGGGACAAAGAUUAUUGUUCCCCCGGAUUUGAAUGAAAUUCCUAAAGAGAUAAAGAACAAUCUAAAGUUUUACCCAUGCUUUAAGAAUUGUGUAGGAGCCAUAGAUGGUACUUAUAUCCAUGCUGUAGUGCCAGUUGACCAACAAAUACCCUUUCGUGGUAGAAAGGGUGAUACGACCCAAAAUGUCAUGGCCGUGUGUUCAUUUGAUAUGAAAUUCACAUACAUUAUAACAGGGUGGGAAGGGUCUGCUAAUGAUUCGAAGAUUUUAAAUGAGUGCAUUCAGAAUGAGGAUUUCAAUUUUCCAUCACCACCCGAAGGUAAAAAUAUUACCUUUCCAUAUUUGUGCAUUUAA